CCUCAUAGCUAAUCCCGACAGCAACUAUAAACAGUCGGAGCACCCUCUCUGCUUAGCUGACGCUAACCAACUUUGUUUUAAGUCAGUCUGUGCACCUGGGUCAACCACUCCAUUUGAGGUACACCCCUUUAAUCAAAACAAUGACAGUGACCUGACCAAUGGACCACUCCAGUGUCUGCUCAACCACAGGGUCACGUUUGGGGAUAGAUCAUGAAUGACAAACUAGUAUUCCUGGGCCUGCUGUACUUUGUCCAGGGCAUUCCCUAUGGUCUCCAGUCCUCCCUGCUUCCUGUAUACCUGCGUGGAGCUGGUCACUCUCUCACCCGCAUUGGGUUCACCAAGAUCCUAUACUUCCCCUGGGUGCUUAAAGUCCUCUGGGCACCUUUGGUGGAUCGAGUUGGUACUAAGCGUCGCUGGCUGGUGGGGACUGUCUCCGGGCUGGCUCUAACAUGCCUUUCCAGUGCUGCCCUGGCCCCAGAGGCACAUAUUUGGGGAGUAGCUGGAACCCUGCUGGCAAUGAACACCCUGGCCUCUGUUCAGGACAUUGCUGUAGAUGGAGCUGCCGUGGGGUUAUUGAAAGGACGUGGGGAGCUGGGACUGGGCAACACUGCUCAAGUCGUAGGGUAUAAAGCUGGGUCGGUGUUUGCCGGAGGUGGGCUGCUAGCUGUGAUUGACGUGGCUGGAUGGAGCUGGAUGUUUAUGCUGCUGACAUUUGUGUAUGCAGGUGUAGCUCUGUUUGUGUGGGGGGCCCCUGUGCUGGAUGAUGAUAUUGUGAGGGGCCAGCAGGCAGACGGCAGCAAGAAGGGAGGGCAGGGAGCAGAUGCUGUACGGCCGUGGAGGGUGUGGAGGAAACUACUGGCAGUGCCUGGCACACCUUGGACAGUUCUCUAUGUGCUCACAUACAAACUGGGUGAGCAGGGUGCAGUAACCAUGUUUCCUCUGUUCCUGUUGGAUCACCACAUGACUGCCAGGGAGCUCGGCUUCUGGAACGGCGUCAUCGCCAUGGGCUUCUCCAUCUGUGGGUCGUCCUUGGGAGGCCUCCUGCUUGCUCAAUUUAGCAUUGGGUCCCUGAUGCGACGUGUGUUUGUGUUGCGAACAAUCAGCAUGGUCUUCCAGAGUUCUCUGCUCACUGUCCUGGAGCCAUCACCGCUCAUGAAAGGUAUGGCAGUCCUGAGCAUGAGUGUUCAACAUUUCCUGGGUGGGCUCAUCACCACGCUCACCUUCACUACUAUGAUGUAUUGUACACAGAGGGCCGAGGAAAGCAUUCAGGCGACCCACUACAGUUUCUUGGCUACUCUCGAGGUGCUGGGGAAGCUGAUGUUCAGCGCUCUGGCCGGAGGCGUGGUGGACUGGUUUGGUUUCCAAGUUGCCUUCCUCUUCUUCCUCACCCUCUCUGCUGGAACGGCCCUGCACGUGUGGACGGCUACCUUCACCGGUGCUCUUAAGGAACACCAACAGCCCAAAUGAGAUCAGGGUGAAACAUCCUGACUUAGGUGCUGAAACAGUGUUGAAAUAUUUUGAGGAUUCAGACUCAUUAAAAAUGUUAAAUGUAACUCACACGAAGUCAGAAAAUCAUUUCAGUUUACAAGAUCUUGAAUAAGUUUAUCUUCAGCCAUUUUUAAGGAGAAACCAGCCAUGCUUUUAAGUGCUCUAUUACAGUUUACCCCCCCCUUAAAGUUGCACAAUCAUUUCACUGGCAGAAUUGCCUUAUGUUUUAUUUUCUUGCAUAUGAAAAUAUACUGGAGCACAGUGAAACUUGCACAUUUGUGGGUAAGUGGUUAGUGUGCUAAGUCGAGCUGUAUUGAGUGCACUUGGAAUCAAAGGGAAGAAUAAUCAAAGCUUUUUAUAAAAUCAUCUGAGCCAUUUUAAUAUUGUUACAAGACAGCAAUAAGAGCUGCAGCCAAAAGCAAUAUUGCUUCUUUGUUAUGCUUGUUCUGUCAUGAUGUACUGUAUGUAAAUUUGUUAGUCAUUCUCUUGGGUUGUAUGGUUUACAGUUGUAAAUGGGGGAAAAAAAAUUACUACCUCGUAUCAACACUGUAUGGUACGAUGCAUUGAAGACAAAUGUGGCAACACAUACAAUAUGUUAUCUAACAGUUAGCCAACGUAGGGUCGUAUUUACUGGGACUUUCUCUUUAAAAAAAAAAAAAAGAGAGAGAAUUAAGAUUUACAGAUUUAACAUUUACAGUCAGGGUCAUAAAUAUUUGGACAGUAAUGGGAGGAAAUGGGACACACAGGUCAGUUGCUUCAUGGACGUGGACAGACUGUGUGCUUUAAACACUUGAUAUGAAGAUAGAAUUUAUUAAUCCUAAAAGCUGGGAAAUUCCUGUGCAACAGCAGCCAGAACAUUAAGCACAACUUAUAACAGCAUAGCUUAAAUAAAGUAGAACUGCUGAAUGAAUAGCACAGUAAGGUAAAACUAACUCCAAUGAAUUCAAGCAGAAAGUCUACACUUCAAUCAAGUCUUGACUGCUUCAUUAAAAAAAAAUCCACUGUGGACUUGUACAGAAGCAAAAAAAAAAAAAAAAAGAGGCAUCUCUGUCCAAACACAACCUGACUGGACCUGACUGUAUUUGGUUUCAUUUCUUUGCAGAGUAUAAUACUCCUUAAUACUUCUUUCUUUUGUUAAAGAAUAGGUUAAUCCACCACUUGGCUUACUUCUUGUAGGAAACCUCAGCCUUACACACUGCAUGGUGCCAUCUUGUCUCACCUUUGAAUUGAACUCGUGUUUAAACUGUUUUCAAGAAAACUUGAAUGACCAAUAUCACUGGGAAACUGCAGUUCUUGACAACAUCGUAUUACUUUUGUGUUUUAUGUUAGAAAACGUCAAAUGCACAAUACUAUAUACUUAUAUACUGUAACUCUUUAUGGUACUGUAUCCUAUAGAAGAUCAUUUUCUCCAGUCUUAAUAUAUGAAUGAAACAGCAAUGUGGAAUGUUUUUCUUACAAGGCUUGAUGAGAAUAAAGUAAAAAUCCUUCACGUUGGUGAAUGUAAUAAUAGGAAUUAAGUCUUAAAAUUCAGUGUUGUGCUGCUGAUGGGAGCACAUAAGAAUAGACUGGUUUAAAGGAAGGCAGUAACCUUAGCACGUUUAGCUAAAUAAAAGCCUGCUUUCACUCACAUAGCAAAUAAAGGGAUGCCAUAGCACAUGUUUACUGUUUUACUCAUGUAGCCAGGUCCUACGACUUGUGGUACGUAUAAGCAAAGCAUAUCUCUCGUCUCUCAGCUACUGUGUUGCCUGAGAUUUGCACAAAAAUAAAGCUGCUGAGUGAA